ACUCCAAUGAGGGCUCAGACGUGAUAACACCUGAGGCUCCCCAUCCCUGGAGGAGCCGGUGUGGUUGCUGUCUGCCGCCUUCUCUCCAUUAGCCACAGCUAUUGGAUUUCCCACCCAGAAUCUUUAGGUAAAUGAGAUCAUGAUUCUGGAAGGAAGUGGUGUAAUGAAUAUCAACCCCAGCAACAACCUCCUUCACCAGCAGCCAACCUGGACCGACGGCUACUCCACGUGCAAUGUUUCCAGUGGGUUUUUUGGAGGCCAGUGGCAUGAAAUCCACCCUCAGUACUGGACCAAGUACCAGGUGUGGGAGUGGCUCCAGCACCUCCUGGACACCAACCAGCUGGACGCCAGCUGCAUCCCCUUCCAGGAGUUCGACAUCAACGGCGAGCACCUGUGUAGCAUGAGUCUGCAGGAGUUCACCCGGGCUGCGGGCACGGCAGGCCAGCUCCUCUACAGUAACUUGCAGCAUCUCAAGUGGAACGGCCAGUGCAGCAGUGACCUGUUCCAGUCCACACACAAUGUCAUUGUCAAGACCGAACAAACCGACCCUUCCAUCAUGAACACCUGGAAAGAUGAGAACUAUUUAUAUGACACCAACUAUGGUAGCACAGUAGAUUUGUUGGACAGCAAAACUUUCUGCAGGGCCCAGAUCUCCAUGACAACCACCAGUCACCUUUCUGUGGCAGAGUCGCCCGAUAUGAAAAAGGAGCAAGACCACCCUGCAAAGUGCCACAUCAAAAAGCACAAUCCGAGAGGAACUCACCUAUGGGAAUUCAUCCGAGACAUCCUCUUGAAUCCAGACAAGAACCCGGGGUUAAUAAAGUGGGAAGACCGAUCUGAGGGUAUCUUCAGAUUCUUGAAAUCAGAGGCUGUGGCUCAGUUAUGGGGAAAGAAGAAAAACAACAGCAGCAUGACCUAUGAAAAACUCAGCCGAGCAAUGAGAUAUUACUACAAAAGAGAAAUUCUGGAACGUGUGGAUGGACGAAGACUGGUAUAUAAAUUUGGGAAGAACGCUCGAGGAUGGAGGGAAAAUGAAAACUGAAGCUGCCAAGCCUUUGAACACAAACCAAACCCACACCAAAUAACAGAGAACUCCUGGACGUAAAUAUUUCGAAGACUACUUUUCUCUGAUAUUUUGUACCAUGAGGGGGAAAGAGAAACUACUUCUAAUGGGAAGAAGAACACUACAGUUGCUAAAAAAUUAUUUUGUUACUUUGAAGUAUGUUCUGUAUGGGGAACAAACGUACACAGUUUUCUGUGAAUUACGACACUGUAUGUGGUUGUGAUUUGUUUUCUCCUCUAUUGUGAAGUUCUUUUCCACUGCAAGAUUAACAGGGUUUGGAGUCUUGUACUUCUUGCUAAGAGAAAAGGAAAAAGAAAAAAAAAAAAGCAGAGGGCAUUAAAGGUUUUUGUAUGCAAAAUGAUUUAGGAAAUAGGUGACGUGUCCUCCUCACAGAAGCCUCCACACGGCCUUGUUAAGAGAGGUGGACACAGUUGCCAGGUUGAACUCCAGGAUUUGAGAUUGAUGGAAUAAACUGGAAGGAGGUUGGGAAUUUUAACCUGACCUUUAGGAUCCAGUGAACAGAGGAUGGGGAAUUUCAAAAUCCAGGGUGGGCUGUAAUCACUGCAUAAUCGGAACGUGUAAAUCAACAAGAAGAAUGAAUUGUGGGGGGGCCUUCACACUCAUUCAGGGAUAAUUGUCUCCUCCCUCUGCAGCGGAUGGUUGGUGGAAAAACUUCAGUUGCCAUGUCUGCUCACUUGUAGUUAUCUGAGGGAGGGCCCAGGCUUGAUCAUUUUUAUUCCAACUGCUUAUAAAUAAGUGGGGAAAAGGAGGUGGUGGUAUGAACACGACUGAUGAUUAUUUGCUCUUGUAUCUCUACAGUCCAGGGUUUCUCAGUCAGCACAGGUGACAUUUUUGGCAGGAUCCUUCUUUGUGGUGAGGGGCAUCUUGUGUAUGGUGAGAUGUUUAGCAGUAUCCUCUACCCGCGAGAUACCAGAAGCACUCCCCAGCUGUGGCAACCAAAAAUGUCCCCAGACAUCACCAAGUGUCCCCUGGGGGGGAAAAUUGCCCUUUAUGGAGAACAAUCAAGUUAACCAUUCAAGAGGAAGAUGAUGCUUUAUUCUCAGAACAACAACAAAAGAAACAUAAGGUCUUUUUAGCAAACAAGCAAAAGCAAGAUGUCAAAGGCAACCUAUUCUUAUUUUUUGAAGAGUCAGGGACAGUGGGUUGAAAUCUGUGGAGGAACCUCUUUUGAAAACCCCAGAUGAGAGCCAAAGUCAGAUCAAUAAAACAUAAUAAAGUGGCAAGAAUUAUUAAUAUAAUAGAAGACAUUUUCUCUGGAAUUACAGGCAGAGUUAAAAUUAUAUCGCACAGGGAAAUGCUGAAAUAGGAAUGUGUGUGUGAGUGAGAGAGAGAGAGAGAGGAGACAAAGAGAGAGACAGAGACAGAGAGAGAGAUAUCCAGGAAAAAAACACCCUUUGCAGAUGUUGACCCUUAUAAUGUUUUCUCUUUUGAAUCAUCUUUUACCUGUCCCAUGUGAACUCAUCCCAAGUGAAUGGUUUAUUGCCUAGAUUUGCAUUCAGAGGAAUGUUAAAAAACAAAGAAAGAGAAAAGAAAAAAAGACCACAAACCCUACUCAGGAACUGUUGUCACCAAGGCGCUAAUGGAAGGUUUUUCCAUUAAUGGAUUGUUCUGGGGUACCUGGAGACUUCCCACUGGGCCCUGUAAUCUGGGAGGAGCGUGAGCCUGCAGACACUUUGAAGACGGGUUUGACAUAUAGAUCCCUUUUGCAGCUUUUCUUUUUGGCUUUCUCAUGUCCUUCCUUCCUCCCUCAACCUGCCUCGGUUUCUCACACAACAAUAUGUGGAUAAAAACAUGUAAUAAUAGGAGGGAGUUCUCUUCACGAGCUAAUAGAGCACCCUCCCCUACUGUCUACCCAGCAGAGGUGAGCAACUCAUAUUUAAAGGUUGCAAAGCAUCUGUAAUGUAUGUAGAAGGCUGGAAAUAAGAAGUUAAGAAUAUGUGAUGAUUAUACUGAGAUCCAUUCUGGGUAGUGACCUUGGAGCACUAUGAAUGACCUUGGGAAGGUACAACCAGGUCCAUUUUUAUUUCCCCUUGGCUUACUUGUCUCCACAAAGGCUUUCCUUGGCAUUGUCAAGUCACAGUCACUGAGGGCACUGAUAAAAAUAACAAAGAACAGCAAAGAGGCUGACUAUGCAACUCAGACGUUUCUGUAGCAAAGACACACAUUACCUUCCAAGCAAGGCCGAAGAACUAUGGGGCCUUCCAGCAUAUGACUGUUCAGCACACGUCAUGAAUUAAACAUCCAGAUAUUUGAAUUGGUGUCACAUGUGAGUAUCAGUGUGUCUGGGUGUGUCUGAAUCGUGUGACAUCAGGGGCAUCUGCCAGUUCUCUCUGCUGUUCCAUGCCUGAUGUUUCCUGUUCGUCGUCUAAGAUGGCUGGAUCCUUCUCUGAGCACAUCCUUUCUCAAACCUGUACGCUUCUCACAUUCCCCUAGCUUGGCUUUGGCUCUUUCUGCACCCUUUCUGGUGAAGAGCAGUCCUUGCUCAGAAGUCAGUGAAUCUGGGAGUCCCAAGUAGAGCAGCUCUGCAGAUAAUUAGCGGAUUGUGUUGUUUGCUGAAAGUGACGGUUUCUUGGCAUCGGGUGGCUAUUUAAAAAGGCUGGAGUAUUAAGUUCUCAGCAUAUCUCUCUAUUGUCUUGGCUUGAGUUUGAUGCAUUUUCUAUGUGCUAUUCGUGACUUGGAGAACUCAAGGUAAUCGAGCUGUGCCAACUUUGGGUGUGAACCGAGUUCUUCCCACCUGUGUUGAAAGGGAGAGCAAAGUCCUACAGAUAAGCCUCCCUCCUUUCUUUUGAGGGCACCCAGCUUUUCACUUAGGAAGCUCGCUUGUCCUGGAUGUGCACAUGGUCACUAAACAUGGUCUCCCUGAACCUCUCUGAGGUUUGAGCUUAACGCUCGGGCUCACUCUCAUUAGCAGGUUUUCAUGGGAACCUGAGGCAGGGAAGAUAUUGUUAGGACUUCCAGACAGAUAGUCGACUUGAUAAAACUUGAGUAAAGGCCCCUGGCUUCCAGAGACAUAGCCUACAGUUUCCUAAUGUGCCAUCUGGGUAGGGCAGACCUAAGCUGUGAGUUUCCUUUUGAAUACACUGGUCAUUCCUCAAAGUCUAGCCUUGCUAGACUGUAAGCCCUGUCACUAUUGUAUCUUCAUUACCUAUCAUGAGAUGGGCGAACAAUAAAUAUGUGUUGAAUGAAUGAAUGAAUAUCUUCUGGAAAACCCUGCUGAUUGGGAGGCUGCACCUAUAGCUGGGACACGGAUCAUUUCUUCAUCGGAAGGAGCGUACAAUGGCCCAAACUUCAAGGACAUAGUAUCUACUAUGAGCAUUUUACUGUGAGACUCUUGGUUUUGCUUUCCUACCUGUGCUGAAAUAAAACCAAAACAGACUGUGAGACUUAUCUGGUACAAGAAGCCAGUAAUGAACCUCUGAGCUGUUUUAACCCAUGAAGAUUAUGAAUGUGUUUAUAUGAUGUAAAUUGCUAUUUAAGUGUAAAGCAGUUCUAAGUUCUAAGUAUUUGGGGAUUGGUUUUUAUUAUUAUUUUUUUCUUUUUGAAAAAUACUGCAGGAACUUUUGAUAGGGUAACACAUGUUAGAUUUUAGUUUUGCAAGUGCAUUGUUUUUCAAAUGUAUAAAGCAUAGAAAAAGGUAAAACCGUAAGGGGGAAGUCAAUUAUCAUUCCAUAGUUAAAAGAAGCAUUUGUGGAGUGCCUACUCUGUGCACAGCAUAGAGCCACCUAUCCAAGGAGCUUACCUAAUUAUGUAGGAGAUACUAGAUCUUGAUAGAGACUUACUGGGUGGAUACCUACGGUUUGAAUGAAAGACCUUUACAGCAAUCACAGUAUCAGAGCCAAGUUAUUCUCAGUGCUGCUUCUCAGGAUUCAAUUUCUGGAAUAAGAGAGCAUUUAAAACGAUUGUAUUGAGACUGUGUCUUAUAAACUUCUGAAAUGUACAGACCUUUACAAGUUGAACUAAAUUGGAAUUCAUCUUUCUGUAGCUAUCUGUGUAAUUACUGAUUUUCUUCCCAUCCGGCUUCUGGAUUGAAAAUUUGUGGGAAACAAUUCUACAACCACUACUUUUUAAAAAACAAAAAUCAGAAACCUUUCUCUUUAAGCUGUCAUAAAUUCAACUGAGUAUUUCUGUUUUAUGAAAGAAUUAUAUUUUUCAAAAUAUGGGGGUUUUGUUUGAUGGGUCCCAGAAAACACUAAUAAAAACUGUGGAUAGACA